AUGCAAUUCCUCAAGUCCGUCAAAGGCCGAGCUCUCUACCGGAUUAUGAGCAUAUGUUGUUCUCUGUCCUUCUGCAUGUAUGGCUAUGACGCUGGGGUCCUCGGAGGCGUCCAAACCACCAAACCUUUCCUCGACGCCAUGGGCCAUCCCACGGGUACAUAUGUCAUCCCCAUGAUUGCUUCUUCAUACACCCUGGCCGCCGCCGUCUGCUCCUUGGCAGUUACCGUACUUGGUAUGCCUUUAGGACGACGAGGCUGUAUCUUGAUGGGCGAUGCCCUUGUCAUUGUCGGAGCCAGCAUCCAAGCCUCGUCAUGGUCGGUCGCCCAGAUCAUCGUCGGCCGCGUCCUCUGCGGGUUCGGCAUCGGUUUCAUCUCCUGCAGUGUCCCCACCUACAUGGCCGAGAUGAGUAUCACUUCGAAAGAACGAGGACCUGAGGUCGCCAUCCAAUGCGUCUGGCUGAUCAGUGGCGUGGCCCUAGCAUAUUGGAUAGAUUUUGGCAUGACACGCAUGACAAACCAAGUCUCAUGGCGGUUUCCCAUCGCCUUCCAAGCCUUCUUUGCAACUGUGUCCAUUAUCGGCAUGUUCUUCUUGCCCGACACGCCUAGAUGGUAUUACGCCAAAGGUCGCGUCGCGGAAGGCGACAGCAUCGUGAUGCGGCUCCAUGAUCGCCCGCUCGAAGACCCCGCCGUCCAAGCCAUGCGAGAGGAAAUCCUGGCCUCGAUCAAACUCGAAGAAGAAGACGAGCACAGAUUCAACCCCUUGGAUCUAUUCUGGGACAAGAGUGACCUAAGAGCUGGUCGCCGGAUUAGGAUUUCCUUCAUGAUCCUCUCCAUUCAGCAGAUGAUGGGUAUUAACCUGUCUGUCUACUAUUCCACAGUCAUCUUCUCACAGGUCGGCCUGUCACCAUUCCUCUCUCAGCUGCUCGCUGCGGUGAUGAACACCGGCUUUGCCCUAGGGACGUAUCCUUUACCCUGGACGAUCGAACGAGUCGGUCGCCGUGGCGUUUUGAUCUGGUCAGCGGUCAUCCUGACACUCUGCAUGCUGGUGUUUGUAAUUAUGAUCGGUUUGCCGCAUCCUACACUGGCGACGCAGUGGACUGCCGUGGCGUUUGUGAUCAUUUACAAUUUCGUGUUUGGAUAUGGCUGGAUUGGUGUCCCUUGGUUGUAUGGACCCGAGAUCGCACCGCUCAAACUUCGCCACCUCGGCGGCGCGGCUGGGGCAUUCGGAGAGUGGCUAUUCAGCUUCAUCACCGUCUUCGCCGGAGGCAUCGCACUGCAGAAUGUUGGAUGGAAAAUCUGGAUCUGGAUGCUCCUAUCCUGCGCGGUAGCCGUGCCGUUUGUGUACUUUAUGUGUCCCGAGACCACGGGCAAAACCCUCGAAGAGAUCGAUCUGAUCUUCGCGAAACCCGAAAUUCGAGACUCGGCCCUUGCGGCGCGCAUGGUCCAUGACCGCCACGCGGAAACCAUCCUCAAGAAGGAGCACGCGAUUCAGUUCGAGGAGAAGGAGGAUGUUUGA